CCUCCCGCAGCUCCGCCCGCCCCGCGCUACCGGUUUCGAUUCCUGCCGAGCCUACGGAGCCCUUCCUGGCCACGGCUCGGGGAGAGGACGAUGAGCGACCCUGCGGUGAGCUGCUACCUCACCAAGACCCUGUGCGCUCAGGGCGGGCGGCUGCCGCUGCCGGAGCUGCAGCGGCGCAUCGGCCUCUCGGCGCCGCAGCUGCGGGACACGCUGGCGGCCGCGGGCACCGAGCGGUUCCUGCUGCUGCUCGAUGGCGACGCGAGGGUGCUGGCCCUGGCCCCGCUGCGGGUCUGCGUCCGCAAGGAGUGCGGGGGCUGCGAGCGGCUGCACCUCUGCAAGAGUCACGUCUUGGGCAGGUGCCGCCUGGGCGCCAGAUCUUGUAAUUAUUCACAUGACAUCAUCAGUCCUGAGAACAGAAAAGUUCUAAAGGCUCAUGGAUUGUCUUCCCUCGAUGAGAAUGAGCUGCGAGUCCUGCUUCUCCAAAAUGACCCUUUCUUCCUACCUGCUGUCUGCCACUUUUACAAUGGAAAAAAUGAUACCUGCCACCAGCAAAACAACUGCAACAAGCUGCAUAUUUGUCAACACUUCCUCCAAGGGCAAUGUAGAUUUCUUCCAUGCAGGAAGUCCCAUAACCUCUUGGAUGCCCAUGCAUUGAGAGUGUUGGAAGCUGGAGGCAUUGAUGUGAACACAGCUUCAAACAUCCAGGCUAUAUGUUAUCACAAGUAUAUGGAACUCAACAAGGAACUGAAGAAGGGGAUAAGUAAAAAAGAUGAUUCCUCUGCUAAAGAUUUGAAGGAAGACAAAAAAGAUAACUCUGAUGAGAUAUGCCUGUUUUAUGUCUGGAAGUACUGCAAACAUAGAGAUAAAUGUGGAUUGGUUCAUUAUCAUUUGCCAUAUCGAUGGCAAGUAUAUAAUGGGGUCUCCUGGAAUGACCUUCAUAUGAUGGAGGAAAUUGAAAAGGACUACUGUAACCCAAAAAACAGCUGCACAGCAGAUAAUAUCAUUGAUUUCCGGACAAUGACCGAUGGUCCUUUUUCGGUUCGACGCCUAUCUACACCAUCAUCAGUCACAAAACCCACAUUUGUAUUGACCACACAGUGGAUUUGGUAUUGGAAAAAUGACCAAGGCCAGUGGAUUGAAUAUGGACAACAGGGAGAAGAGGAUAGUGUGAACUCACCAUCUUCUGCUGUUAUUGAGAAUUUGUAUCUAGCAGAUCCAGAUGCCACCAUAUCUUUCCAGGCUGGCUUAUAUUCUUAUGACCUCAAUUUUAAAGAAAUGGCCCAGACAAACACCUCUUCUAGAACUCGAAGACGGGUCUGCAGGCGACCAAAGUUUGUGUCUUCUGAAGAUGUGCAGAGGAUAAAGAAAGGCCAAAUGGAUUCUUCUAUUCCAAAUCAAGCCUGUCCUACCCACUGGGAUCAAUCUGCACUGCCUGACUUUGGGUACAAGGCAGUGGAGCUCAGUAAUACAGCCUCUGAAUACAACCAAAUAAAGCAGAUGUUUCAUCAGACUAUGAAAAGCUACAGUAUUCUUAAUAUAAAGAGGAUUCAGAAUCCAUCUCUCUGGAAAGUAUUUCGGUGGCAAAAGGAUCAUAUGAAAAGGGAAAAUGGGGGAAAGGAAGUGAAUGAAAGACUCCUGUUCUAUGGAACCAACAGCUCCUUUGUGGAAACCAUCUGCAAUCACAACCUUGACUGGAGAAUUUGUGGAACCAAUGGAAAUAACUAUGGACAAGGAAGUUACUUUGCUACAGAUGCUUCCUAUUCCCAUGCAUACUGUCAGCCUGCAGUGAAAACAUACACCAUGUUUGUGGCUCGUGUAUUGGUUGGAGAAUAUAUUAAAGGCAAAGCAGACUAUGUUCGACCCCCGGCAAAGCCUAUUCACAAGCUUCAGUUUUAUGACAGCUGUGUGAACGAUGAAUUAAAUCCCUCCGUUUUUGUUGUCUAUGAAAAAAACCAAAUUUACCCAGAAUAUAUAAUAGAGUAUAAAGAUGAAGAAAAAAAAUGUAUUAUAUCUUAAAGGGAUCAGAGCUGUUUGUAUCACUCAUUUUCCAUAUUGCAGGUGAUCUUAUUCUUGGCGAGUUCUUUACUUUAAUACAAUUCCUGGGAACGUUAAUCCAAAGAAUUUUAGUAGCGGAGAGGGCUGCCAAAACAAAUGUUGCAUUUGUUGUGACUAAUUGGCUUGUCUUCUCCUCUUUCUCUCUUAAGUGAACCAUAGAGAUUUGGAUAAACAUAGCAGAAAAAUCAGACAUGUGGGACGGGGAAUCAAAUGUUAAGACUUCUGUGGGCAAAUAAUUGUAAAUGAAUUUUCUUAGGAAUUUAGUACAGAGGAUUUCUCUUUGAAAAUAGUUCUGUUAAGAGGAAAAUUAACAGUAUGGUAGUUUUUAAGCAAACUCAGGUUUUUAGUAGUCGAAGAUUCUUUUCAGUGUGGAAUGUGGCUGUUCUUGAUCCUCUUGUUUACCACAACUCUAAACAAGUCAGUGUACGUGGGAAUGACUUGCCUUAGUUUUCAGAUUAAUGCUGAUACUAGUUUCAAGUUUAAAAUGGUAAAACUUGAAAAAUAAAAAGCUUAUUUUAAACCCAUCUUGUAAGUUCUCAAGUGAAGUUUCAUCUGUACAGUGGCAGGUACUGUUUGGAUCAGAAAAUUAUUGAAUCAAAUUAUUUUCCCAGUAACUUGCUUUGUGACCUAUACAAAAACAGAGCUCAGGUGAAACUGUGAAAGUCACAAUUUAUGAAUAAGUAGGUACUAAAAUUCAGUGGUUUAGCUGCAACUAAUGGUCGCAAAUAUAUAAAGUCUGUGACACAAUGAGUCAGGCUUUUAAGUGAAUGUGGUGGCGUAUUUUCUCAAUGUGAACAUUUGCUUAGCAAAUGUUAUAGGACAGGAGAAACAUCUCAAGAAGCAUUGAUAUUUUCUGUCCUAUUUGUAUACAUCAGUGUUAGUUUUUCCAGAAAUAUGACAUAACUGGAAAAGAACAGUUAUGUUCUCUCGAGGCCAGUGGUAGAGCUGCUGUCCUAAGACACUCAUAUACAUGUUUUGUUGCCCACAUUGUAUUGGGCAGCUCACUUGGAACUCACUGACAAGUGUAGUUCCUUGUUGUGUUUUGUGGUUGCUGGGGGUGAUCUGGGAUACUGGGUCAGUUUUUGAUGCAGUUGAUUUGUCUUUGUCAGUGGCGUACUAUCCAGCUAAUGGUGGUUAAGCCCUUUUUUAUUCAGUUACAUGCUUUUUAUUGCCCCAAAAAAGAAAAUAUAGAAACUCACGUAGUUUCUACUGAAUUUUAAUAUAGAGUUUGUAAGUUAAUCGACCUGCAGACCCUCUGUACGAUGAUGGUCUUACUCAGGCAGCCUAAGUGUUAAAGAAGAAAACAUGCUGAGGACAGAGGAGCAGUAACGUUUCCUCGUAGAUAAGCUUUAGAGUAACAUGAAGAGCCUCCCAAUUAUUUGUGUCUUCGAUACCAAUCUGUCAAACACAUGUACUCCACAAAGUCUGCAAGUUAUCAAGAGGAUGGGGAAAUAUAUAAAAGUAGGAAAUAUUACUAAAAUGACUUAGAUCUAAAUGAAAACGUCAGUAAUGCAAUACAAGAGAAAGACUUUAGUACUUUUUAGGAUCUCUUUCUUUUAUUUGCUUGUAGAGUUCCUGAAUCGUUGGGGUUUGCCAUACUUGCAAAUAAAAUGUGUUUUCACUCACUUUUUGCUUGUUAGUGUGCUGUUCGUCUCUAUACAUAAUCUUAUGGCGCAACUAAAGGACCUAGUGAAUGAGCCUAGACGUGGGCUCAGUGUCUUCCUUUCGUCUGCGUUUCCAGGCUGGGAAACUGCAUGGAUGUAGCUUUUCAUUUUAGUGUAGACACACAGCUAAGUAUGAAGGACAGAAUACAGUCUGGUUUGUGGAGACUAUUUCUGUAAACGAACUUCCUAAGUAAAGUACCCUUCAUAUCAAGUGCUGUGGUAUUUUGGUUGAAUUCCAUGUAAUUAAAAACUGCUCUGAGCAGUUGUUAAAGUAAUAAAAAGGGGAAAGACUAAGGUGAGGAAUCGUAGAAUUGUUUGGGUUGGUAGUAGCAGAACUUAAUAUGUAGAAGUAGUCAAGUUUAUUUUAAGUCAGGUUUAUUCAUUUAUUCUGAGGAUUGUACCUUACUCAAUACCUAGAUGAGCAGCUUUUAAAGAAUCUGAACUGAGAUGCCAACAACUUAAAUCAGCCCAAAUCACAAAAGCUAGAGGAAGGACAAGGGAAGAAAUUGCAAUGCCAGUGCUGUGCUUCACGUUGUCAAGCCUGCACUUCCAUGGGUCUGGCAGAAAAUGCUGCUGGGUGGGGGUACCACUCUCUGGAGCACAGGGUAUUGGCUAGUUAAUUGGUCGGGGUUAGUUAGGGGUCGGUCUGUAGAUGAGAGCUGCUCCGGGGAAGGACGGAAGACAAGAACUUCAGUUCUGGGUAAGUGAGCCAAAGAGGGGAGCAAGCUAGAAAAAACAUACUCUGAAUGCAGGAGGAUGGAGCGUAAAGGAAAAGAUGCUUCUUCCACCUACUGGCACCUCAGCAUCUUCCUAACUGAUGCCAAGAAAAAAAUCUUGCAAGAGAAAUGCCAUGCUUGCUACAGGCUGACAGCAAUUCAUUGCCCUUUGAGCUCGGUAAAAGGCAUAGCGUGUGAGAGGAAAGGAAUACCUUGUGUGGCAGCUCUGUAGCCCUGGGCUAAUUUAUGGUUCCCGUUGUUGCCAGCUUCAAGGUAAGACCAAAUCAGAGUGUGUUUUCAUGCUAACCAAGAGAUUUUUUUCAUUCCUAGUGACUCUGAGCAGAAACCAUAUUUGCUGUUUCCUGGUGAUCCUAGCACUGCCUUUUGAGACUGCCACUUGUGGGCCACGUUUUUGCCUGAACAAGUGAUAAUAGUACUUCAGUUUGUCACUGCUGAUGCUUUUCUUGGAGUUCUGAGUCCACUACAAGUAUAAUACAUAUAUAAGUAGUAUAAUAUAUGUAUAAUAAGUAUGAUACAGCAGAAAGGAAAGGAGGUUCCUGGAGUGUGUAGAAGACAACUUCCUGACACAACUGUUGAGUGAGCCAACGAGGGAAGGCAUCCCGCUGGACCUGAGGUUUUGAACAGAGAAGGCCUUGUGGGAGAUGAUGACAGUUGGAGAACAUCUGGGGCACAGCGAUCAUGAGAUGAUAGAAUUCUCACUUUUUGGAGAAAGAAGGGGCUCAGCAGAACUGCCACCUUGGACUUCUGGAAGGCAGACUAUGUAUGGACUGUUUAGAAGACUGGUUGAUAAAGUUCCAUGGGGGGCAGUCCUAGAGGGCAAAGGAGUCCAAGAAGGCUGGAUGCUCUCCAAGAAAGAAAUCCUGGUGGCACAAGAGCAGGACAUCCCCAUGUGCCAAAAAAUGACUGGCUUGGCUGAGCAGAGAGAUCUGGGUGAAUCUCAGAAAAAAGAGAAAAGUAUAUGAGCUUUGGAAGAAGGGGUAGGCAUCACACGUGGACUACGAGGAUGAAGUGAGAUCAUACAGAGAGAAAAUCAGAAGGGCUUGUAAGAGACUCAUUCUUUUGGGCCGCCUUAAACCACAGUUGGGACUGUCUUAAAUCACAGUUGGGACUGCAGCAGAGGCUGUGUACUUCAGCCUUAUCUCACUCUUCCAAGCACUCCAGCUGGCUUGCUGCCCAGAGAGGUCAUGCUGCAGUCUUGCUGGUAGGGAGAGCAGGAGCAGAACAAUACCUCGGGCUCACGUCAGACUGAUCCUCCUAAACGCCCCCCCCCCCCCAACUUGGGCCUUGAACUUUCAUAGAACUAGCACUGCACGGGUCCACCAAAAAACUACGAAUAAUACACUGCAAGGGAGAACACUGGUGGCGGUACGUCUGCCAUCCCGGGAGGAGGACUGGAGCCCAGGUGGUGCCCUUGCACUCUUCCCUCUUUCUCUCACAUUCCUCCAUUUCUAUCUUUCUUUUCCCUUAACACAGAUUUAGCAGCCAAUGCCACUCUUAUUCUAAGAAUGCCUGUAUGUGUAAAUUCCUUUUUAGACUGAUCACUUGGCAUCAAUUUGCCUUCAUUUAGCCCAAUACAUACCGAACCCAUAAAUUUUACAGGGAGACCCAGGGUCAUACUGUGGUGAUGCCUGGACUAUCCAGACUGGGUUGCGACAGGGUUAAAGCCCAGCUAGAGCUUAAAUCGGCCAGCAGUGUGCCCAGGUGGCCAAGAAGGCCAAUGGCACCCUGACCUGUAUCAGAAAUGGUGUGGCUGCAUCUUGAAUCCUGUGUUCACUUUUGGGCCCCUCACUACAAGAAUGACAUUGAGGGGCUGAAGCGUGUCCAGAGAAGGGCAACAAAGCUGGGCAAGGGGCUGGAGAGCAAGUCUUAUGAGAGACAGCUGAGGGAAGUGAGGCUGUUUAGCCUAGAAAAAGGAGGAUGAGGAGAAACCUCUCUCUAACACUGCCUGAAAGGAGGUUGCAGUGAGGUGGGUGUUGGUCUCUUGUAACAAGUAACAAGUGAUGAGAGGAAAUGGCUUCAAGUUGCACCAGGGGAGGUUUAGAUUAGACAUGAGGAAAAAUUAGACGUGAGGAUUCUCAGGUACUAGCACAGGCUGCCCAGUGAGGUGGUUGGGUCACCAUCCCUGGAGGUGUUUAAAAGACAGGCAGAUGAGGUGCUCAAAGAUCUGGUUUAGUAGUGGACAGGUUGGACUCAAUGAUCUCAAAGGUCUUUUCAAACCAAACAAUUCUAUGAUUCUAAAAGCAGGCUAUUGACUGCCCUGCUGUAUCUGCCUUAUUCACCAGUCUUAUAUUAUAAUCUGAUUAAUGGCUUUUGGGGAAUUCAAUAGGUGCAGAAGCAGCUUGUUUGGAAAAGGCUAAAAAUGCAUUUGCUAAGGGCACAUUCUAUAUGCUGAAGAGGCUGUAGAGAUAACUAAACUGAUGGCGUACUUGGUCUCAGUGCAGAUGACUAAGCAAGCAGUUCAGAAAAGGCUUGUGAAGUGAGGGCCGUUGCCCUUGCAGCCACCCUGGGGAUCAUGAAAAAUACCAUCAAAGUUGAAAGUAGAUAUUUCCCAAUGUAAUAUUAGCAGGGGGGUUACUGCCCAGGCUCAAGUUCUGACACACAGCCCGAAGGACUGCCACCUUUGCCCCCACAAUCCAGAAAAAGAAGUGCCGCUGAGGCUGGGGCAGAUGGCCUGCUCUCUUUGCUACUCCCUUUAGAAGAACAGCAACUGCGCACAACUUGUGCAAAACCAGUGCCUGUUUUGCAAGCAGCAGAUAAAAAGUUUUUAUCAACUGCUUGUUAACUGCUCUGCUUAGAUAUAGAAAGGGAAGCUUUUAGGAGUCAGCAGUGUCCUUUGUUAAGUUCUUCUGCUGCAAGUUCUCCCUCUCCUAUUGUUCUCUCCACUUGUUGAUUAUUUUCCAUUGAAAUUGAAAAUGAUUCAGCAUAGCAUAGUGGAGCAGGACAGAUGAAUGGUUUCAGCAUUUUAGAUAAAAAGGAGAAGAUAAGGCAGAAA